CAGUCGUGCCCCCGGAUCAUCCAUAGAACCCCUGUUUAUCUCCCCAGUUUCUAAACGGCCUACUCGUCCGCGGAGCACCCAUUCGAUCCUCAUCCCCUUCCGCCAAUCAUCCACUAAUCAACACUGCACUCUCCCUCUCUUCCGGCGUCGACUGCCGGCUGGUACGGGGGCCGUCAGGCGGCGCGGUGGGCUCCUCCGGGAUCUCUCUCCAUCGGCGGCGUCCUCUACGCCGCCGCCCGACGUGAUCGCGAGAGCCGCGGCCGGCGAAGCGAGGCGGUGUCUCCGGUCAGCGGCUCCCCCUUCCUUAACACCCGGGCAGCAGAGCUUUGGAGCCGACGCACGGAGCAGCGACGCUAGCGCAAUCGGGCGGGGGGCAAUGGCGGCGACGCCGCCACCGCGCCCGUACCGCUUCCCCGCGCUGCCGGAGGCGGCGGCGGCGGCGGCGGCGGCGGCCGAGCAGGAGGAGGACGACCGGGUGGCGGCGCGGUGCAGCAGGCGGUCGUGCGGGACGUGCAGCGCGUCGGCGGUGGCGAGCUGCGUGGCGCUGUGCCUCUGCCCGUGCGCCGUGCUCAGCUGCCUCACGCUGGCGCUCGUCAGGGCGCCCUACGCGGCGGGCCGGCGGUGCGCGGCCAGGCUCGCCCGGAGGCGCCUGCGGAAGGCAAGGGCGAGACGCGUCCGCGACCUGGGCGACGACGAGCAGCAGAAGCAGAAGCAGCAGCAGCAGCAGCAGCAGCAGCAGGGCCCGCGGCGGAGCAAGGAGUGGGGCGCCGAGCUGGCCCGCGCGGCCGCGGCCGGCGGCGCCGAGGCCAGGGCGAAGGUGAGCUCCAGGAUGGACGCGUCCGAUGAGGUGUGGGCGGACAUGUACCAGGUCGGGCUCUGGGGGUUCGGCCGGCUGUCCUUCUCGGCGCCGGUGAUGGCCGGGGGAGGAGGCGACUCCGAGACGGACGGCGGCGACGCAGCUCCUGAGUGACACAUGCACUGCCCAUGUCUAAUGUCUUCCUGUACAAACUUUUUCUCUUUUGGUGAGGGUGCGGGUCGUGGGCUGGGCACGGUGCUGGAAUGCGCACUUGCCUGCCUGGUGUGGCUCGUGGGUGACUCACCUUCGUUGUUGCAGCAGAACUCUGCACACGAUCGCACUCUGUGUGCAUGGUUGUGCAAACUGUUUUCUUUGUCAUUUCCUCUACAAA